AUACUGGAUUUAUUUGGUUUCGAAAUCCUGGAAGAAAACGGAUUUGAACAGUUUUGUAUCAAUUAUGCAAAUGAGCGUCUACACCAGGCAUUUAUGCGCAUUGCUGUGAACAGCAUACAAGAGGAGCUGUUUUCUGAAGGUUUGCAGUGCGACGCUUUGUCUAUCAGUGAAAGCCAUGACAACAGUUCUCUUCUGACGUCAGUGAAGACUUGCGCUGGUCUUCUAGACGAGGUGUGCUUAUUGAACCGCGUCUACGAUCGUGGCAGUCGCCCCUCAAGCUCAAUGGACACACUAGAUCCUCGUGAAUCAGAUUGGUUGCACCGCAUACAAGCGCAGAUGAAAUCCAGCGAUCACGUGUUUGUUGGUACUGGCCCAGUGACGUACACUGUUAGCGGAUUUGUUGCCAAAAACUUAGAUCGCCUUCCGGUACACCUGAUAAAUUGGAUCGCUGACGCGAUUCAGUCUGAUUUGCCCAGAAACACCCAAGAUGAUGCGGUAUCGUCUGGAAAAGUGUCCACUCCACCCGGUGUAGGACUGAUCCAGUCUGUUCUAUCUCGCAUGAGCACUGCAACAAUACCCGUUCGCAAUGUGGCGGUUUCUCCGUCAGUCUGUCGCUCACCUCUACAACAACAAAACGUGCCAGCUCGUGUAUUGAGCUUAUCGUCGGAGAAAAGAUCACCAACGAAAGCUCAUAUACUGCGGUUCCGCCGAUGUCGGACGCGGUCUCGGUCUCCACUUGCAUGUGAAAGUAAACCUCUGGAUCUUCAGGCUCUACCGCCGUCUAAUGAUCCUCAAUUGGUUAUCGACACCGGGGACGACACGUCCAAUACGGAUACUCCCAUGAAACAAGUUUUACCCGUCGAAUUUCAUGAUAUUUCCGAUCCCGGCUCGUUUGCAACAUUUUCACCUCAUAUUGUGUCCUAUCGGUGCUUGUUACAUCAGUCCACGACCCUCCGUCACAAUUCCACACGAUACUGGUGCUCACGAAAACUUAAUCGGUUAAACUGUCUUAUCCCAUUUGUUCACCUUCCAGUGGCAGCCCCGCUGUGCCUGGUUCGUGGAUUAAUCGAUGCCGUUACGUAA